UAAAGUUGGUAUUGUGAUAGGCUGGGGCGCAUUAGAAUGACCCUGAUUCGCUGUUGUCUCUGAACCCUUUCUGGCACGUAACAAAGGCUCAGCGGUGACUUGUCACUUGUGUUCUACCAGCUGCGACACUCGGUGCUCGAUUGCUUUCGACUGUAAGGACCAUGGCGGAUACAUGGGAUAAUGUUACAAUUCCUGAGUUCAACUCCCUUCUUCAAAUGGAUCCCUACCUCAAACAGUACGAAAAGGACUUCAGGAGGAGGUAUGGGCUGUUUGAGAAGCGUCUGUUCCUCCUGGAGGAGGCAGAAGGGGGCUUUGAUCAGUUCACUAGAAGCUACAGGACCUUUGGCGUGAACCGCAUGGCUGACAACAGACUGGUGUUGAGGGAGUGGGCCCCAGCCGCGGAGGCCCUGUUCCUUACUGGAGACUUCAAUGGUUGGGACAACUUCUCUCACCCGUAUGAGAAGAAAGAGUUUGGAAAAUGGGAACUGUGUCUGCCCCCCAAGUAUGACAAGUCACCAGCCAUCGAACACAACACCAAACUCAAGGUUGUGGUCCACACUAAGAAAGGGGAGCGUCUGUACCGCAUUUCACCUUGGGCCAAGUACGCCAUCCAGGCCGAGAAACAAGUCAUCUAUGACUGGGUCCACUGGGACCCUCCUCAACCUUACCUGCACAUCCACCCUCGCCCCAAGAAGCCCCAGAGUUUACGGAUCUACGAGUCCCACGUGGGCAUCGCCUCACCUGACCCUAAAGUCGCCUCCUACACCAACUUCACAACCAAUGUCCUGCCUCGAAUAAAAGACUUGGGGUACAACUGUAUUCAGCUGAUGGCUGUCAUGGAGCAUGCAUACUAUGCCAGCUUUGGUUAUCAAGUCACAAGCUUCUUUGCUGCAUCCAGUCGUUACGGGACACCAGAGGAGUUGAAGCAGCUGAUUGACACCGCCCACUCCCUGGACAUCGUCGUCCUAUUGGACGUGGUCCAUAGCCACGCCUCCCAGAACACGGAGGAUGGGCUGAACUCAUUUGAUGGCUCCGACUCCUGCUUCUUCCACUCCCCUCCGCGCGGGGAGCAUGCUCUCUGGGGCAGCCGCCUCUUCAACUACUCCAGCUGGGAGGUGCUGAGGUUCCUGCUGUCUAACCUGCGUUGGUGGAUGGAGGAGUAUCGUUUUGAUGGCUUCAGGUUCGAUGGGGUGACGUCCAUGAUGUACCAUCACCAUGGCAUUGGCAGUAUGUUUUCAGGAGACUACUCUGAGUACUUUGGUCUUCAGGUGGAUGAAGAUUCCCUGGUCUAUCUGAUGACAGCUAAUCAUGUCCUGCACACCCUGUAUCCUGACUGCAUCACCAUCGCAGAGGACGUAUCAGGGAUGCCAGCUGUGUGCCGGUCCGUGGCAGAGGGAGGGUUGGGCUUCGACUACCGUCUUGCCAUGGCCAUUCCAGAUAAAUGGAUCCAGAUUCUGAAGGAGUUAGCAGACGAGGCCUGGGACAUGGGUAACAUUGUCUACACUCUGACAAACAGACGAUAUGGAGAGAACUGCAUCGCGUACGCAGAGAGCCACGACCAGUCUCUGGUAGGUGAUAAGUCCCUGGCUUUCUGGCUGAUGGAUAAAGAGAUGUACACCAACAUGAGUUCCCUGAUCCCCAUGACUCCCGUCAUCGACCGAGGCAUCCAGCUACAUAAGAUGAUCCGCCUCCUCACACACGCUCUGGGGGGAGAAGGCUACCUCAACUUCAUGGGUAAUGAGUUCGGCCACCCAGAGUGGCUGGACUUCCCUAGGAAGGGUAAUAAUGAGAGUUAUCACUACGCCAGGCGUCAGUACAACCUGCUGGACACUGACCACCUCCGUUACAAACAGCUCUAUAACUUUGACCGGGACAUGAACCGUACCGAGGACAAGUACGGCUGGCUGGCUGCACCACCGGCGUUUGUGAGUGCCAGGCACGAGGGAGACAAGGUGAUAGUGUUCGAGAGAGGCAACGUGCUGUUUCUGUUGAACUUCCACCCAACCAGGAGCCAGACCAACUACAGGGUGGCUGUGGCCUCGCCUGGGAAAUACACCAUCAAGCUGGACAGUGAUGAGGUGCAGUACGGAGGCCAUGGCAGACUGGACCACAACACAGAGUUUUUUACUGAACCACAGCCCUUCAACGAGAGAGAGAACUCUAUGCUGGUGUACAUCCCCUGCAGGACAGCUCUGAUCCUGGGUAAUGACGACACCGAGUCCUGUUAUUAGAGCUCUGCUACUACUGACGCUCGCUACCAGCAGAAACAGACGCCCAGCUGGCACCAACCUCAAGUGUUAUCAACCAAUCACUGUCCGUUUUUUUUUUUUCAGUGUCAACCAACUCCCCCUUUCCCUCCCACCCCCUUUCCCUCCCCCCCUUUCCCUCCCACCCCCUUUCCCUCCCCUUUCCCUCCCACCCCCUUUCCCUCCCCCUUCCCCAUCUUUCACAACUUUUGUGAAUUCCUAUGUUUUUUCCACCUUUAACAAUAGUUAGCAGAUGAUCAUAUUAACACCAUCUGUAAUCUGUAACGCAGCAUGUUGUUUACCACUAUGACCGAGUCGGGGCCUUGCUGAUUAUAGGUUCAACUAAUAUGAUGUACCUCAGGAUGAGGGUUGCAGAAUUCCACUAACUUUCCCCCAAAGUUCCCAGGUUGGAAGAUUUCAGGAAUCAGAGACUAAUAAAGCAGGAAAACCUGAAAACCAUUUUUUGGGGAGGGGGGGGGCCAUUUCCACAGUAUAUAUCGUUCAUAUUUUGAGUCCAUCCACCCACCACUAGUUUGCCAAGCCUUGGUAUGACACCUACAACACUUGAAAAGAAACCGUGGUACAGGGAUAUGGUAAUGCUAACAUAAAGUAUUACUUGUGGUACAGUAAUGCUAACAUAAAGCAUUACUUGUGGUACAGUAAUGCUAAAUGCUAACAAAGUAUUACUUGUGGUACGGUAAUGCUAACAUGCUAACAUAAAGUAUUACUUGUGGUACGGUAAUGCUAACAUAAAGUAUUACUUGUGGUACGGUAAUGCUAACAUGCUAACAUAAAGCAUUGCUUGUGGUACAGUAAUGCUAAAUGCUAACAAAGUAUUACUUGUGGUACAGUAAUGCUAACAUAAAGUAUUACUUGUGGUACAGUAAUGCUAAAUGCUAACAAAGUAUUGCUUGUGGUACAGUAAUGCUAACAUACAUUUACAUUUAAGUCAUUUAGCAGACGCUCUUAUCCAGAGCGACUUACAAAUAAAGCAUUGCUUGAGUUACAGUAAUGCUAACAUGCUAACAUAAAGCAUUACUUAUGGUACAGUAAUGCCAAUGCAGUUAGCAAUAGUACUACCUUCUCCACUGAUUCCAGCAUGCACAGGCUUGUAAUAAUAUUAUUUUACAUAUAUUGCAUUAAGAUUGGUGUGCUAUUUAUAUACAAAUACAAUACGCAUGCCAUUUUUGAUGUACAAUUUAAUGCUUAUGAUUUUGUAUUUAAAUGCCAACAAUGUUUUGCAAUUGGCCAUCCGAAAGUGUAUACUAUAAGAGUGUAUACUAUUUAAAGUGUAUACAAUAAGAGUGUGUACUAUUUAAAAGUGUAUACUAUAAGAGUGUGUACUAUUUAAGUGUAUACUAUAAGAGUGUGUACUAUUUAAAAGUGUAUACUAUAAGAGUGUGUACUAUUUAAAAGUGUAUACUAUAAGAGUGUGUACUAUUUAAAACAAACAGGACAGGAAAAAAAGUUACCAGUCAUGCAUCCCAAAUAGCGCCCUAUUCCCUAUAUAGUGCACUACUUUAAACCAGGACCCAUAGGGCUCUGGUAAAAAGUAGUGCACAAUAUAUUUAAGCAAUAAGGCCCGAGGGAGGAGGUGUGGUAUAUGGCCGAUUAUACCACGGCUAAGAGCUGUUCUUAGGCACGACACAUCGCUGAGUGCCUGGACACAGCCCUUAACCGUGGCAUAUUGGCCAUAUACCACAAACCCCCUGAGAGGUGCCUUAUUCCUAUUAUAAACUGGUUACCAAUGUAAUUAUAGCAGUAAAAAAAAAAUUUUUUUUGUCAUACCCGUGGUAAACGGGGUCUGAUAUACCACGGCAGUCAGCCAAUCAGCAUUCAGAUCGCUGUGACGUCAUCACGUUUGUUUCGUCACUGUUGAUUUAUUGAUUUCUUUGUUGGCAUUGUAUUUACGCUGAAAUAAGCCGUCUUGAAUAAUAUAUAUAUAUCAUUUUGUUGGCUAUCCUGACUUUAGUGGGUUUGUAAUACCUUUGUGGUGUGAUGGGUCUUCUAUCAAAGCAGCUUAGGGAUUAUGCAUUUUUACUUGUCUAUAUACUGGUGUUGGUGUGUGUCAGUCAUUUGCAGCUAAUGCCACAUAGUCAGAGUACUGAAUACAGGCAGCUGAAAGCCCGUCUGGUAUACGAUGUGUUUUGAGUUAUGGAAGCUUCUGGAAUGGACACGACGAUUGGCACACAAUGACUAUUAGAGCGGCAGAGGAGACCGUAGCGACACUAAAUAACAGUACUGGAUCCUGCUCAAAGACAGGAACUGGCCAUCUAUAUUCUGAACCAUCGUCCGUCCAGCUCGACUUCCCCUCUUGUCUGUCGCUUAUACUGUAUUAUAGACACUCUUACCCCUGACAGAAAUGGAGCUUUGAUUUCAAUUAUAUAUAUAUAUAUAUAUAUAUUGUUUAACGUUAUCUGCAAAGGUCCAUACUGUCAGUGACUCCCAAGGCUAAAAUACUAUUUCUAUUUAGGAAAAUGCCAAGAUUGUUCAUGCUCACUGAAUACUUGUGUGUUACCUCCCAAA